GUGCGGCGGUGUACGCGGUGGAUGGUAGAUGGUAGAUGGUGGAUGGCGCGGUGCGAAUGCAAAUGUAUCAAGUCAGUGGCAGUGGGCAGUGCGCGUUUCAACGGCAAACACCGACGAUCGAUGCCCGCGUGACUCGAAAUCUGUUAGCGGUACAUCGCACUUGGAUGUUUUCGAUACGGAAAUUUCAAGUUUUUGCGUCUGUACAGUCAUCGUCGCCGUGUCCUUUAAAUGCGCGGCGCUCGUCUUCGAGAGACAAGCGUGACAAACGUGACAAACGUGACAAGCGUGUCAAGCGUGUCAAGCGUGUCAACAGUACAGGAUGAGACCUGCGUUCGUCGUAAACAUCGCUCAUCGUCGCGUAUCGCUGUGCGUCGACUGUGCGUGCGACAACGCUUGUAUUGUCAGUGAGUUUGCGAAGGACGGUGGUAUCGCGCGUUUUCGAUAAAUCGUACGGUACAGUGUUAAUACAAGUUUCUUUUUUUUUCUUCUUUCUUUCAUUGAUGUUACAUCAUACAUAUUAUAUAUGUGACUUUGUGCCCGAGGCGGAGUAUAUUUUUUCCUCUUCUUUUUUGUGUUCUUUUUAAAGAAAAGAAUAGCAUAUAUUAUACAAUACACGAGAGAACCAAAAGUAGAUUCCGCGACGUCGAUGAACGCUGCGGAACUUGCGCGGUUGUUUCCGCUCAACGAUAUCAAAGUCAUUGUUUGCGACACGUCCGUCUCAUGAAAUGCACGGAAUAAGCCAUCUUUUGUCUCAUCAUCACGGCUCCGACAAUAGCGGCAGCGAUACCAGAAGCUCCAUCUCCUCCGUGUCGUCGGACAUUCGGAAUCACGACACGAGGUUUCUACAGGAGCUGUUGAGCCAGAAACACGAUAGCAAGCUCUACUUCCACGAGCGACACGUAUCCCGGGGCUCGGUCAGUUCCGCGUACUCGUACCCUUCCUCGUCCUACGGCUCAUCUUACGGCUCCGGCUCCGGCUCCGGCUCCGGCUCCGGCUCGUCUAAUCAUCAUCAGCUCUUGUACAACACGAUUCACGGUAACAGCCAUUAUCCUUCUCAUCAUCAAUAUCACCAUCACCAGCAACAUCAUCAUCGGGCAGCGAGCAGCGGUAAAGCGUCACCUUCGUCACCUAGUCCGACCAACGAACACGAGAAACAACAUCACCAUUAUCACAGCAUACAUGAGAUGAUACGGCAUUUCGGUAGAAGAUUGGGACACAUCAGACGGCAAAGCGAGUGUCACGAGAGUCCCAAGAAACGGGAAGAAGAUUUCAGGAACAGAAGUCAGAGUUUGGACGGCGGCGCCAGGCAUUCCGCCAGUCUGCGAGAGGCCGAUUGCGAGACUACCUACAGGAUUUAUGAAAGCAUACUCAGGCAAGGUGCGCUGAGGAGAAGUUCGUUGGAUCCAACUGCACGAAGAUUGUCUCUUGGAGCACCUGCGAUACCUCACAGAGCGUCCGAUGCUUGCCUGGAUCCGGUUCACGCUGCCAUACUCUUCAGAGAUGCUCGAGGGCUGCCAGUGGUGGAUCCCUUCCUGGAAAAGGUCUCAUUGUCCGAUCUUGAGGAGGACGAGUCGCAGAUUUUUGUUAAAUUCUUCAAGUUUCACAAAUGUUACGACCUAAUACCGACCAGCGCCAAACUAGUCGUCUUCGACACUCAUCUACUCGUUAAAAAGGCCUUCUUUGCUCUCGUCUAUAAUGGAGUGAGAGCCGCACCGUUAUGGGAUAGUUCUCGACAACAGUUUAUCGGCAUGUUAACUAUAACGGAUUUCAUAAAAAUACUCCAGAUGUAUUACACCAGUCCGUCGGUGACAAUGGACGAGUUAGAAGAACAUGAAUUGGAUACAUGGAGAAAAGUUCUAAAGGAUCAAGUUAAUCCUCUCGUAAGCAUCGGGCCAGAUGCGUCGCUGUACGAGGCUAUCAGGACCUUGAUACAAAACAGAAUCCACCGAUUGCCUGUGAUAGAUCUCGAUACCGGAAAUGUUCUUUACAUCUUGACACAUAAACGAAUACUUAGAUUCCUUUUCCUAUAUAUCCAUGAGUUACCAAAACCAUCUUUCACCAAUAAAACGUUGAGGGAGUUGAGGAUAGGCACUUUCGAGAAUAUAGAAACAGCUACGGAAGAAACUAGCAUAAUUUUAGCCUUGAAAAAAUUUGUAGAAAGGAGAGUUUCGGCAUUACCAAUUGUCGAUCCUGAGGGAAAAUUGGUCAACAUUUAUUCAAAGUUUGAUGUUAUUAACUUGGCUGCAGAAAAGACGUACAAUAAUUUAGACGUUUCACUACGCGAAGCAAACGAACAUCGCAAUGAAUGGUUUGAAGGUGUCCAAAGUUGCAAAUUAGACGAGACAUUGUUCACUAUAAUGGAAAGAAUUGUCAGAGCGGAAGUUCAUAGAUUAGUAGUUAUCGACGAUGACGAUAAAGUUAUUGGUAUAAUAUCUCUCUCUGAUCUGCUCUUCUACCUCGUUCUUAGGCCUUGCGGUGAGGAUGCCAGUAGCAAUAAAGAUUGUUCUAUCUCUUUGCGAGCGCAUGAUUCUCUCUUGUCGAAGGCUCCCAGCUCCGAGCAGUCGGAAAUAUCGCUUCCAGACGGCGAUGUCGAACAGCAGGAUGCCGCCGAGACGAUGGAUCGUAAUCGGUCCGAAGAAACACCCGCAACACCUAGUCCACCGCUCAGUCCGGUUACAUCGGAUCUCUCGGAACCUCAAUCGACAUUAGUGAAUCAAAGUCAAGAUGCAGCGUGGCGGGACGUGAUAAAUAUAUGUGUCUCGGGUGUCUCAGGUGGAGAAUGAGUUGUUGCCCUUUUCACGUGCCGCCACGCAUGAUUAAUUUCUGAACUGAAAAUUGCCGUUGCUUUAAUCGCAGCAACGGCGGACUGUAAUAAGGACUGCAUAUUUGUACAUCCUUUGUUGUUAUCGCUCAUGCUCUUUGCGAGUAUACGGGUAAAGUUGAUUAACUACUCGCGCUAGAAAGAAAAGGAAAGGGGGAGAGGGGAGGAUGUAUCUAUGUGAAAGAUAAGACAUACCUGUUUAAGGAAUUUAAGACGUGGGGCAAUAGAUGCGAUGAAGAAAUUCACCAGGCGCGCAAUGUAUGAUGUAACAAACACGCGAUACUCUGUAUAAUGUAUAAAAUCACUUAAGCUUAAUUUUUUAUGGUACAAAUGCUAUACAGAUAUGCUACACAUUAGACGUUCCAGCUCUUUGCCACUUUGGACGAUAGGUAGCUGCGCCAUUAUUUGCUCAGAAUAUGAUUCUCUGCGCCCUUCAAUGAUCGAGAACUUGGAAGAACGAUGAAUUUCGAGAGGACGAGUUUUGGAAGAACGAAAAAUCUUGGAUAUCCCAGUAUCUCAAUCUAAUCAUGUUUAUGUUCUUUAUAUUACAAAAUAUGUGUUUAAUUCAUCCUUUGAAAAAUGUAAAAUGAUAUUUUGUAGAUAUUCUUUUCGAUUUUACAUAAUUAGGAUAUGUCAAGAUUAAAAAUAAACAAAUUCUGUGGAAGAUAUUCUCUUUAUGAAAGAUGAAUUUGUUUGUUAUAUAUUGCGAAACUUUUCAUAUUUUUUUGACCAUAAUAUAUAUCCCGAAUCUAAUUAUAAAUUUAAGUUGCUUCUUUUGUUAAUUUUUUUUAAAUUUAUCUUGAAAAUAUGCUAUCAAAUAUCUAAUCUUUAAUUACUGAUCUUGUAUAAUAAAUGAAUCAUCUUAACAGCACUGGUGACUUAUUAAGAAACGUAUAAUCUAUAAUGGAUAAAUGCUUUUAUUCAUCAAUGGUAUGUAUGGCAUUAAAGUUUUAUUGCCAUGUUAAAUUUUCUUUCUUUGUGAACAAUGAGUAAAACCCUGCGUUAUUAUAUAAAUAAUUAUUAUUGCGUCAUAUUUCGUGAAGGAAAUGCAAAUUAUGAGUUUUUUUUUAGCUGGAAUGUAUAGUUACAAUAUCGUUUUAUAUGAAAAAGUUUUACAAUAGAUUGGAAGAAGUAUUCUUACAGUGGAAGACGAGUACUAUCCAGAAAAAUUUUAUCUCUAACUAUGCAAAAACUUUUUUUCGCCUCAUAAAAUGUAAAUUUGUAAAAAUUUUAUACCGUUUGAUGCCAAUCUUUAUUUUCAUAUUCAUGCUAAUGUUAUAGGGAGAGUUACUCGAUUUUGAAGGAUGGCUAUUCGACUUUGAAGGGGGAUAGUGCCUGUAAAUGUAGUAAAUGUAUAUAUAAAAGAGAGACAUGGAAUACAAAUAUAAAUAUUCUAUUCGAGUUGUAAGCGCAGUCGCGAAAUACGACAAGUUAAAUAUUAGUAUUAAUUAACAGGAAGCGUAGUUUGAACAAAGAUUUUUGUACAGCUGAGAAGUACUAUUUAAUGUGCUGUAGUCGCGAGCGUUGUUUUAUUUAUUCAUUUUGUUUUUUUAGCACAAAAUGCGUUUGUUGCAACAUCUUGCGAGUUGCCACAUUUACCAUCUUUUACUUAAAGUUACUAAAGAUUAUGCUAUACCGCAGCGUACACUGCAACCUUGGCUUUGACACAACUUGUUACUUGUUGAGGGCAUAGUAGAAAUAGUCGGAGAAAAUAUUUAGCGCUUCUCUUCAUUCUAUAUAAUAUUAGAGAGACGAGUUUAAAGAAAUAAGCGAUUGAACUCGGUACACGCUGCGACUAAGAAGAACCAAAAUAGAAGCUAUCAAUGAGAUAUUAAUGAUGAUUAAAUUGUACAAUAAAUAAUCAACAAAUAAUGCUUUUAUGCAUUACACAUAAUUAUAAUUAAAUUGACAGCAUAUUAUUCCUGUUCCUUGUUCAAUCCUUGUUUCUUGUUUAAAGUUCAAAACGCGAGACAACAGUCUUGCCAAAUGACAAAAUAUAUAUACUAUGAA